UUGGUCUGAAGACUGCAGAGAAAAAGAAAGCAAUCUGGAUGGACUGUGGCAUACACGCCAGAGAAUGGAUCGCCCCGGCCUUCUGUCAGUACUUAGUCAGACAGAUUCUGCAAACAAACAAAACAGACCCAAACAUGCACGAGAUGAUGAAGAACAUGGACUUCUACAUCACGCCUGUGCUCAACAUCGACGGCUACAUGUUCUCGUGGGAGAACGAAACGAAUCGACUGUGGAGGAAAUCCAGGUCUCCAGGACCUGCGGGUUGUGACUGUUAUGGCACCGAUCUCAACUGCAACUUUUACGCCAACUGGGGCAGUAAGUGUCACGGUGGUUCAACACCAACAAACCGACACAGUUCCUUCACUUAUAAUUCAAUACUGUGGAACAAAUCACACGUAAAAUAACAGACAGAGCACA